GAUUGUGGAGAGAAACAGGUUUGUUUACUUGCUUGUAAUUUAUUUCGCUGUUUUGAGUAAAAAUAUUCCCAUAAGUUGCGACAAGGCAACAGAAUUUUAAUAUUCUAGUUAUUUACAAUGGACGAUCGUGUUUCUUCAAAAUGUCGCAUUUGCAAUGGGAUGCCUUUGGUUUUCAUAUUUGAGCCGGAUGUAGUGAAUGGAAAAACUCUAGCAGAGCUGAUGGCAGGUUUCGCAAAUGUAACGCAUGACACAUUUUAGAUUGAGCAAAACGAUGGGAAACCAUCGUAUCUGUGCAGCGAAUGCACAGAAAAUCUACACAAGAGUGUUGCCUUUCGCAAACAAAUUCAGGAUGCUGAAAUGAUUCUUCAGGACGUCAGAGAUUUUUAUUCUAGGAAUCAAUAUUGUUUAUCGCCCGAGUUACAGAAUAUUAAAAUUGAACGUUCCCCGAUGGAUGACGAUGAUUUCGAGUAUGAAUAUUUGGAGGAAGAUACAUUGAAUGAAAUUAACAAAAAAGAGGGAAAAAAUCUACACCAGAAUUUGGGUCUUGUCAGCGAAACAACUCUGCUAAUAAGUGACCAGUGGGAAAAUCAGGAAGCAAAUACACCGUUUGAAAUCCCGGAGAACGAUAGAAUCGCACAAAGAUUGAUAUUCGAUGACUUUGAGUAUUUUGAAAUUGACGGCGAGCGGUGCUGUGGCUGUAACUUUAUUGCAAGUUGCAGAGAUGAACUUGUUAAGCAUUCGAAAGAAUCCCAUGCACACAAUUACUAUCCAGAUAGUAGCUAUACGUGUCCAAUUUGCUACCAUAAGUACAAAACUCAAGAACUUCUCACUAAGCACAUCGAAUAUUAUUCGUACAGUGAUAUUUUUCUUUGUAAGGUUUGCAAUGAACCGUUUGUGCAGAGAAAUCAGUUAGAAGAGCACCAAAAAGUGAGACAUAAACACGACAAUCAUAUGAAAAGUCUAAAUAAUGAGUUAUCAAAAAAGGUUGAUAAUACUAAGAAAACUACCAGAAUUGCUACUCGUAGAAAACAUGUAGUUUCUGUGAAAAAAACAAACGGGGACAAAUAUUUUUGCUGCUUCGUACGAUGCUGGGAAGGAUUUGAGAAAUAUGACGAUCUGUUGGAACAUGUGAAUCAAAUUCACAAUGGAAAACGUAGAGAGAACGAGCUAGCCCAUGUACAAGCUCUAGGUGCAGAACACGUUUGUCCGAUUUGCAAACGCCAAUUUGAAAACAAAUCGAAAUUAGAGCAUCAUCGGUCCUACAAACAGAAUCGGGUAACACAUUUUUGCCAGGAAUGUGGACAAAGUUUUUACAAGCUGCAUGCUCUGCGAGAUCACGAAAUAAAACAACACAGUCAGCAACCACCAGAACAUGAAUGUGAUAUAUGUGGUAAGGCUUUUUUGAAAAUGUCGGUCUUGAAACAUCAUCGCAAAAUCCAUGUACCGUUUGAAAGCGUACCUUGUGUUGAGGCGGGCUGCCAGUUGGUUUUUCGGGAUGAAGCUUUAAUGAAGCGCCAUUGUCGUAACGUCCACGGGGAUAACUUUCCUUGGGAAUGUGGUUUCUGUCCGAAAAAGCUACGUACUAAAGAAGCGAUGGACAUUCAUGUUCGUGUGCACACUGGGGAAAAACCAUUUGCUUGUAGACAAGGCUGCGAGCGACGUUUUGCUCAUGCUACGGACCGGGCCAGACACGAAAGAUCGAAACAUACCGGCGAGAAACCACACAAAUGCGAACAGUGCCCAGCGGCGUAUGUCCGGCGACGCGAACUUGUGGUACAUAUGAACAAAAAUCACAAUAGUGAAUAAUAUUGAGGGAACCUAUCCCUACAGAUUAUAAAGCAUGCUAGAAUUUAUGUAAAAAUGUCUUUUUAUAGAGGACUUACCUUAUAAUGAACAAAAAUAUAUUACAGUUUUACAACCUAUAA